UCAAGUUCAUAGGUUCAUUUAUUAGGAUACAGUGCUUUCACAUUCCCUGCCUCACAUCAUUUGGAAACGUACACUUUUCCUCUAUUUUUGUAAGAUUGAAUAAUGUAUAGAAUAAUUCAAAAAGGCAUAUCCAAUGCCAAAUUUCGAAGAGAUCUGACCAGUUUCCCUGCAGUCUGCCAACAUCCCUUGAGGACACUUAGCAGAACUUCGCAACAGAGUGCAGAAGAGGGGAACAAAGAUGGCGGCUUUCUGAGGAAGAGGUUAAAGGAGACCGCAGACACGCUGGUCAUCGGGGGAGGGUGCGUGGGUGUCAGCCUUGCCUACCACCUGGCCAAAGCGGGCCAGAAAGAUGUUGUGCUUCUGGAGAAGACAGAGCUGACUGCUGGGUCCACUUGGCAUGCUGCUGGACUGACCACAUAUUACCAUCCGGGCAUCAACCUGAAGAAGGUCCAUUAUGACAGCAUCAAACUUUAUGAAAAACUGGAGGAAGAGACUGGACAGGCGGUGGGCUUCCAUCAGCCUGGCAGCAUCAGAAUCGCCUCCAGUGCGGUGCGAGUGGACGAGAUCCGCUACCAGAUGACCCGUACACACUGGCACGUCACACCGCAGUUCAUGAUCGGACCGGAGAAGAUUAAAGAGCUCUUCCCCCUGCUCAACAUGGACAAGGUCUUGGCGGGCCUGUACACUCCGGGAGAUGGCCACAUUGAUCCCUACUCUCUGACGAUGGCAUUGGCUGCUGGAGCCCGCAUGUACGGGGCUUCCAUCUACAACUCGUCCCCCGUCACCGGAAUCACCCCUCUGGAGAACGGCAAGUGGGACGUGGAAACCCCUCACGGCACCAUUCGCGCCAAUCGAAUUGUCAACGCCUCAGGUUUCUGGGCCAGAGAGCUGGGCGAGAUGAUUGGUUUCCAACACCCCACCAUUCCUGUCCACCACCAGUACGUGGUCACGGCAACUGUGCCAGAGGUCAAGGCUCUGAAAACAGAGCUGCCUGUGAUCCGUGACCUUGAGGGGUCAUACUACCUCCGUCAGGAGAGGGACGGCCUGCUCUUUGGCCCCUACGAGAAAGAGGCCAAGAUGGUGCUGCAGGACUCCUGGGUGAGAGACGGAGUGCCACCAGGCUUCGGCAAGGAGCUGUUUGAGUCCGACCUGGACAGGAUCAUGGACCAUGUGGAGAUGGCCAUGGAGAUGGUGCCGGUUCUGAAGGAUGCUGACAUCAUAAACGUGGUGGCUGGCCCAAUCACCUACACCCCCGACCUGUCGCCCAUGGUCGGCCCUCACCAGGGGGCUCGCAAUUACUGGACCGCCAUCGGCUUUGGAUACGGAGUCAUUCAUGCUGGAGGUAUCGGGAAGUUCCUCAGCGACUGGAUCAUCACCGGCGAGCCUCCCUACGAUCUCAUCGAGUGCGACCCCAACCGCUACGGCAAAUGGGUGACGGUGCCCUACCUGUGUGACAAAGCCAGGGAGUCCUACGGCUUCAACAAUGUUGUGGGCUACCCCAAGGAGGAGCGCUUUGCUGGCCGCCCCACAGAGCGUGUGAGUGGGGUGUACGAGCUGCUGAAGGACCAGUGCUCCAUGGGCUUCCACGCCGGCUGGGAACAACCACACUACUUCUACAAGCCCGGUGACCAAAAGGGAUACAAUCCCAGCUUCCGCAGAACCAACUGGUUUGGGCCGGUGGGCAGGGAGUGCAAGCUGGUGAUGGAGAAGGUGGGAGUGGUCGACCUGUCGCCGUUUGGGAAGUUUGUGGUGAAAGGAAAGGACUCGGGAAAACUGCUGGAUUAUCUCUUCGCCAACACCAUGCCCAAGGUGGGCAUGACCAAUAUCAGCCACAUGCUGACCCCUAGGGGACGGGUGUUUGCAGAGGUCACCAUCACUCAAACGGCACCCGGGGAAUUCCUCCUCCUCACAGGCUCAGGGUCGGAGAGGCACGACCUGAGGUGGAUUGAACAAAAGGCAGAAGACGGUGGUUAUGAUGUGGAGAUCUCCAACAUAACGGACAAUGUGGGUGUGCUCGGAGUGGCUGGACCGUUUGCCAGAAACGUCUUGCAGAAGCUGACAGACGCAGACAUGAGCGACGCAGGCUUCAAGUUCCUGCACUGCAAAAAAAUUAACAUGGCUGGCGUUGACCUCAGAGCCAUUAGGAUAUCUUACACAGGGGAGCUUGGCUGGGAGCUGUACAUAGACAUGCCACACAUGGCCACCGUUUACAAAGCCAUCAUGGAGGCCGGCAGAGAGGACGGCAUCGAUAACUUCGGGACCUACGCCAUGAACUCCCUCAGGCUGGAGAAAGGCUUCAGAGGCUGGGGGGCAGAGAUGAACUGUGACACAAAUCCAUUUGAAGCUGGUUUGGAUUACUUCAUCAAACUAAAUAAGCCUGCAGACUUCAUUGGGAAGCAGGCCCUGCAGCAGAUCAAGGCAGAGGGCGUGAAGAAGAAGCUCUCCUACCUCACAGUGGACACCGAUGACAUCGACCCAGAGGGCAACGAGACCAUCUGGCUCAAUGGAAAGGUGGUCGGCAACACCACGUCAGGCUGCUUCAGCUACACUGCGGGCCAGAGCCUGUGCUUCGGCUACCUGCCCGUGGCCCUGGCCAACGUGGGCCAGAAGGUGGAGGUGGAGCUCCUGAACAGAAAGUACCCGGCCAUGGUCAUCCAGGAACCACUGGUCCUGACCGAGCCCACCAGGACCCGCCUGCAGAAGAAAUCCAAGAGCAGAGUAUAGGUCGACCGCGCGCCUUGCUCAUGUGACGGAGGUCAUCUUGCACCUGUUCACCCCCCUCGGGGAUCGAACGUGCAAUCUCGUCAACUAUGUGCUAGUUAGCCUCCGUUACACUCACACCAUCACUUACGUUAAACCUACUAUGCCUUAAGAACACAAGGGAUGCCCUAAUUCAUUGUGCAAAAAAGCCCUCCAGUCUCAUGGACCAACAAUAUGUGAAGGAGUAAGAAAUAGCUGCACAUGAUGCUGUAAAGCAAAAUGACACUUAUACUGAUGUUUUUUAAACAAAUUGUGAAGAAUGUGUGUUGUAUGGAUAAAUAGCAUGUAAGUGAUUGAUUUAUAAGUGACUGUGCUUGUUUGCUGGAUAUUGAGACUGUGCCUGUAUUGUAAAAAACUGUGAAUAUACAAAGAAAUAAAAUUGCCGCUGCAAUUGCUUGUUACAUAAUAAAAACAAAGUUUCACAAAAAAGAU